AUGGAUCAUCUUGCUUCAAAAGAAAGGCAUCUUGAAGCAGAUCCCGAAAGUGCUGAGAUAAGUGAAGCGGACAGAACCAAGGAUACAGUUUCAGCAAAUAGACAAACAAAUAGAAUUAUCAGUUGGAUUUGGACUGGGCAAUUUAGCUCUGAUGCAUCUGUCCAUGGUAAUUGUGGCAACUUGUAUUGCAAUUCAUCAAAAUUUGGUGAGGCUGUGGGUGAGAAUGCGGAGUUGAUGAUGGACAAGAAUUCAGAAGAAGAGGGUAAUAAGAAAGUGGGCAAUUCAGAGAAGAAGUGCAUGGAAGGGAAGUGUAAGAAGACCAACUCUAAAAUGUCUCCUAAGCCACCACGACCUCCCAAAGGUCCAACACUAGAUGCUGCUGACCAGAUGCUGGUUAGGGAAAUAGCUGAGAUUGCUGCGAGAAAGCAUGCCAGGAUUGAACGAGUCAAAGCAUUGAAAAAAAUGAAAGCAGCGAAGGCUUCAGCUUCCAAUAGUACUCUACUCGGCAUGAUCAUCACACUAGUCUUCUGUAUUAUUAUAGUCUUUCAAGGAUUGUGCUCCAGAAACAGUAGCAGUUUGAGCGUGCUGGGGUCUCCUGCACCAGCGGUCACUGCCAGUGAAGCUUGA